AUGAUUCGCACAAUAAUAAUCGGCAAGGCAGCGCUUGGCGCGGGCGCGGGCGCGUUGGUUUCUACAACGACCCUCCCAGUGGCGAUGAUGAACGGCGGCUUCUACAAGCGUUACGCCGUGCGCGAAGUGCUGGGCGUGGGCGGGUACGGGGUGGUGCGCCGCUGCUGGGACAGGAAGUCGCGCACGGAGUUCGCGUGCAAGAGCAUCGCCAAGAGCAAGGCGCUGCGGUGCAGCGGCGGGUGGCUGGGACGGAGCCGCUGCGCGCUGCGACGGCAGGCGGAAGGCGUGAGCGGCGUGAAAAUAUGGCACACGGAAGUGGCGGCUCUGCUGCGACUGAGAGGCCAUCCGAACAUCGUGCAGCUGUACGGGGUGUGUGACGACGCGUACUCCUUGCACUUGCUCCUCGAGCUCUGCUCCGGCGGUGAGCUUCACGCCGCGCUUCACCGACACGCGUUGGAGGACUCCGUUGCCUCCACUGCUAGUGGGGUGGACGUCACUCGGAAGGCUCGCGCGGGACGCAAGGACAUGAUGAUAUUUCCUGACGCCAUCAGUUUAAGUGAUGAGUACGAGGACGUGAUUGAGGAAGAGGAGGAUAUGGAGAACUUUAAAGCUCUGCCUGAGGCUAUUGCUCUUGGUAUCUUCUGGCAGCUGGUGUCAGCCGUGCAUUCGUGCCAUGCAUGCGGCAUCGUGCACUGCGACAUCAAAUUAGAGAAUAUCCUUCUGUCACAACCUGCUGCAUCAAGUGCUCCCGGAGGAUGCAUGAAAGGCCUGCGCCUAGACGAGCAGAUCCCCUUGGUGAAGCUCUGUGACUUUGGCUCUGCGCUCUGCCUCGAUCAGGCCCAGCCUGAGGAGCUAUGGGCGAAGCAGGCUGAGCAGGAAGAGGAGGAAGCAGCUCAAGCGUCAAAGUCAAGGACAGCUGGUGGUGCAGCCCCUCCAUCAUCAUCACCAGCAGCAGCAGCAACCGCAUCAGCACAAGGAGCAGGCGGUAGAAGCGGAGGCAAACGAGCUCGUCAGCACCUGCAGUACGCAGUGAACGCAUGUGUGCGCGUGAACACGCUGGGAUCCGCGUUUGCUUGCGGAGAGGCGUCCCCAGGCAUUGGCGCUCUGCGAGUGCGGCACGAGGGGCAGCUGCUGACAGUCACAGGCACGGUUGUGCGCACAGGGACGGUGCAGAUGCUGGAAGGGCUGCGCGCAUUCACCUGCACCACAUGCAAGAGAACAUUUACGUGCUCCCCUGAACCAGAGGAGGGUUAUGCAGUGGAGGUGCCAUCUGCCUGUCCGUAUGUUGACAGCAAGCGGCGCAAGCGGUGCAAGGGGCGUGUGUUUGUGCCAGCUGACAGUCAGCGCAGCAACAACAACAGCAGCGGCGUAGCUGGUGUGGGGCGCGGUGCAUGCAUGGACUUCCAGGAGGUGAAGCUACAGGAGCACGUGCACGACCUGCCUGCAGGGCGCCUGCCCCGCUCCGUGCGAGUCGUGCUGUCCAAAGACCUAGUGGACACUGUACUGCCUGGCGAGGAUGUGGUGGUGGUGGGUGUGAUGGCUUGUCGCUGGCGCUCUGUUGCUCCUGGCGCUCGUUGCCUGCUUGAGCCCAUCCUGUGCGCCAACAACCUCUGCAGGAGCAAUGCACAGGAGUUGGAGGAGCAGGGGGAGGAGGACGAGGGGGAAUUCGAGGAUUUCUGGUGUGCCCAUGCCAGCAAUCCCCUUGCAGGCAGAGACAUCAUCCUGCGUAGCAUCUGCCCCCAGGUGUACGGCCUUGCUGCUGUCAAGCUUGCAGUGGCGCUGAUGCUGAUAGGGGGAGUGCCGCACACAGACCCCUCAGGCACCCGUGUGCGUGGGGAGAUGCACUUGCUGCUCGUUGGGGACCCAGGCACAGGCAAGUCUCAGUUCCUCAAGUACGCAUCCAGGCUGUGCCAUCGUGCUGUGCUCACCACUGGCCUGGGAAGCAGCUCCGCGGGCCUCACUGUCACUGCUGUCAAGGACGCAGGUCAGUGGAUGCUGGAGCCAGGGGCCCUUGUGCUAGCAGAUGGGGGUCUCUGCUGCAUCGAUGAAUUCAGCAGCAUUCAGAAGGACGACCAAGCAGCAGUACAUGAAGCCAUGGAGCAACAGACAAUAAGCAUUGCUAAGGCUGGCAUAGUCACCACUCUACCUUCCCGUUGCAGUGUCUUCGCAGUAACGAAUCCCAAGGGUGCAUACGACGCUGACACUUCUCUGGUGGUGAACACAGGGAUUGCCAGCCCCCUGCUGAGCCGCUUUGACCUUGUGCUGCUGCUUCCAGACACCUCCGAGGCCUCGUGGGACGAGCGCGUGGCCCAACACAUCCUUGCCGAGCACACAAUUUUCUCCUUGACUCCACCCACCGACCUCUGGUCAAUUCAAAAGCUUCGCAGCUACAUCCGGCGUGUGCGCCAGUCGUUCUCCCCCAUGGUAUCAGAGGAGGCACAGGCUGUCAUCAGUGCCUACUACCGCCAGCAGCGGCGCGACGCAGAGGACAACGCAGCACGCACAACCCUCCGCAUGCUCGAAAGCUGCAUCCGCAUAGCACAAGCGCAUGCGAGGCUCAUGUACCGCACGACAGUGCUGCGCCAGGACGCAGUGGUGGCAGUCACAGCCAUGGAUGCCUCCAUGUCCACCUCACGCCUCUUCCCCUCUCAUGCCCACACCAACGCUGCCUUCCCUGACGACCCUGCUGCUGCCUACUGUGACAUGGAAGCAAUAGUGUUGCAUCAGCUAGGCCUCUCAACCAUAAACUCUGACACGCCCACUGAGCCCCCCUUCUCAUCCACCCCUUCACCUGGAGUUCCCCCCAACACUCCUCUCACUGCCAACCAACACCACCCCAACGCUUACUCCAUUCCACGCGCUACGGCACGCGGGGGGGGCGCACCAGGCCCAAGGCGCAAGACCCCAUCAGCAGCAGCGGCGGCAGCAGCAUCAGAGCCAGGGAUGCAGGCAGGUGCACGUGGCCAUAGUGUGGGUGGGCCCAGGUUACAGCAGUGCUCGAAAGGGAGAGCGUGGUGGUCAGCACGGCGAGAGCAGGGUGAGGACGAGGGAGGCUUGUAG